AGCAAAGCCCACCUAGCGCUCAGCCACAAGCCAGUACACUCUAGCUAGCUACUAGUGUUAUCCACAUAGCAAUGGCGCCCUUCAAGCUCGCCCUCUUCCUCGCCAUGAACCUGGCCAUCCUCUUGGCCGUGCAUGGCUGCGGGUCAUGCGGCAACACACCGCCCGUCCCAGUCCCAAGCCCGCCCAUCGCCGUGCCCCCACCAGCUCCCGUGCCGUCUCCGCCUUCGUCCGGUGGCGGGGGCGGCACCUGCUCCAUCGACACGCUGAAGCUGAAGGUAUGCGCCAACGUGUUGAACCUGCUGAAGCUAAACCUCGGCGUGCCGACGGACGAGCAGUGCUGCCCCCUUCUGAGCGGCCUCGCCGACCUAGACGCCGCCGUGUGCCUCUGCACCGCCAUCAAGGCCAAUGUCCUCGGCAUCAAGCUCAACGUCCCUGUCGACCUCGUUCUCCUCCUCAACCAGUGCGGCAAGACCUGCCCUGCCGAUUUCACCUGCCCUAGCUGAUCCAUCCAUCACAAACCAUGCAUUUCAUACUUGCAUCAUCAUCAUCAUCGCCGUACUUGCAAUUACAAUGUUUUCUCGUAUACGCAUGCACCUAUAUAUUUCCUCGUAAUUACAAUAUGUUAUAUGUCAGUCGCGUGCAUGCAUGGGCUCCCUCCCUCGUGCAUGCAUGCUUCAGGCAUUCAGUUAGUCAUUUGCCGUUACGGUAUUCCAGUAUUUGUAAAAGGGUAUAUGUGCGUGGAAUAAAAAGUUUGUUCAUGUUGUCUUUUUA